CACACACACACACACACCCACACAGUGCGGAAGAGCAAAGGAAAAACAAACACAAGCACAUAGAACGGAGCUUUUCCAGAAAUUGGGUCGCGUUUUUGUGUUGUUGUUUUUGGCGAAUGUUAUGGCAACUCUCGAUGCGUGUAUAUGUUCUGUUUGAGCGCUGCCCCGCCGGAGCAAAGAGCGUACAGUAGGAGUGACCCCAGAAGCAGAGACACCAGCCAUCCACCCAAAAGGAGACAAUCCAACAGACGACCUUAGCCACAGCCACAGUCGAUAUCCAUCCAGCCGCGUCCAGUCAUGAGUGUCGUGGGCAAGCAAUUGAAUCCCGUGCAAUCUUCCUCCUCCAGCACCGCCUCUGCUUCUGCCGCUGCCAGUGCCGCUGCGGCGGCCGCUUCUGUCUCUGUCCCGGGCAACGGUGACGGCAACGUCAGCGGCGGCGGGUCAAUGGGAGCUGGAGCUGCUGCUGCUGGCGGAGCCGGGGCCGAGGGCAAGCGCAAGGAGGAGUCUAAGGUCAGUCCCGAGGAGGUGCUGCACCUCACCAAGAUCACGGACGACUACCUCUGCUCGGCCAAUGCCAAUGUGUUCGAAAUAGACUUUACACGCUUCAAGAUACGUGACCUGGAGAGCGGUGCUGUGCUCUUCGAGAUCGCCAAGCCACCCAGCGAGCAAUUCCCGGACGGCCUGUCCGUGGAGGAGACAAUGCUGGCCGCCGCCGAGGAGCUAUCGCUUGACGACACUGCCGAUCCCAAUGCCGGACGCUAUGUGCGCUAUCAGUUCACUCCGGCAUUUCUCAACCUAAAAACUGUGGGCGCCACGGUGGAGUUCACUGUGGGCAGUCAGCCAGUGAAUAAUUUUCGGAUGAUAGAGCGCCACUUCUUCCGUGAUCGCCUGCUGAAAACCUUUGACUUUGAGUUUGGCUACUGCAUUCCGUACUCGAAGAACACUUGCGAGCACAUCUACGAGUUUCCUAAUCUUCCACCCGACCUAGUUGCUGAAAUGAUAUCGAGCCCCUUUGAAACGCGCUCGGACAGCUUUUACUUUGUGGAGAAUCGUCUUGUCAUGCACAACAAGGCAGACUACGCCUACGAUGGCGGAAUUAUCGUCUAACCAAACUACAAACCAAAAAAAAAAAACAAGAAUCACACAAAAAAGGCACAAAAUACAAAAAAAAAAAAAAAAACAAAAGAACAAAAAGAGAGAGAACUAGAGCAAAACUAAUAACUAAAGAAAGAACUACAAAAAAAUCUGUGAGACAAAAUCAAUGACUUCUCACACCCACACAAACACACACACACACACAUCAAAUCGAAAAACAUUAUCAAAACCAUUUUAGCCUUAGCACAAAUGUUUAUACCCACCAUUCCUGUUUGAUGUUUGAUGUAUUGUAUCACAAGAACACAAAACGCACCCACAGCCACACACCCACACACCCACAGCCACACCAUCGCACGCAGAACUGUGUUCAUUUAUGGAUAAUUUUUUUUUAACCUCUUGACUAUAUUAUUUUUAAGUGCAAUGUGAUUUCCCCCUAAUUUACAUGUAUUUAUUCUUAGUUUGUAAGUGAAACCACAUACAAAAAACAUAUACACACGUAUACACGUAUAUUAUAUACUUACACAAACACGGAUAAAACCCAACAACAACAACAACAAAUUCGAACACUUGCUGUCAAUUUUUUUUGUAUGCAGCAUACGGAUUGUAUCAAGCUUCUUCAUGGCAUUCGUUUCGUGUCUGUGUAAUGUAUAUUUUUUAACAAGAGAACAAAACAAAAA